CUUCCGGCGAUCAAACGCCCUUCACUUUUCUGCAUGAUGGACAAGGCAGCUAGAAAGUUCUUGAAAUGAAAUGACUCUUUCGCCUUAUGUCCUUGUCACCUUCGCUGGUGAUGCGCAUUGUUCCUGAUGAAGGGGAAGCUGUAGACUGGACAGCUCAUCACAAUAUUAUUUUCCGAGAUGUGUUGGUAUGUUUGUUGAUAUUUAGAGCUUCUUUCAACCGCAAUUUAAUGACAUGUUACAGAUGUAGGUUCAAGUGGCAGUGCUUGGCCGUGGCUGAAAACUACACUAGGAGACACGAAAAAUUGAAAAAUUACUAAGUGCUUAGCCUUUUUAUUUUAAUUCAUGCUCUUGCUUUUGGAAAAGCUGGAAAGGUAAACCCAUUUGCGACGAUAAAUUGCCAUCAAUGUGAUUCACCAUCAAGUGACAUACAAGCUUAGUUAAAGAACAUAUAACCACGAGGAAACAGUCAGCCAGAUUGAGGCAUUCUUCAUUUUGAGUUACUUCUUACUAUAUUUCUGUCUUCUCGUAAUACUUUCAUGGAUACUAAUUACCAGAAAACCGUCGUUGUUGCAUUUAUUUAAUUAUCUUUCACAAUUUGAAUCCAAUGUGCUUGACAGUCGACAUUUCUUCAUUACACUUGUAAUGAUACAAAAGUAAUUGAUACCUUAAAUGGCUAGAGAAAAUUCAAACAUGCAGCUAUUAAACUAAAAUAAUAUUGGUAAUUAAUUCCAAAUCAUGUGAUGUGCUUCUAGUGUCAAAAAACGGAUAAGCUUCUUUCAUGUACAUUAUUUAUGCUGACCAACCUCUUUACCUCCACUUUUGCUCGCUAAUGAGGUGUUUUGUUGUUUUGCAGGAGGCAAUAUCUCAGGUGAUGCCUCAUGCUACAGCCACUGCAUUUGAAUGUAUGUACAGUCAUUACUUAAAAACUAGUAGAUGGAGCUUUCUGUUCCACACUGAAAAGGUCAACAUAAAAUACAAGUCCACAUUGCUGACAUGUUCAGGGACUUUUGUAAUAAUGAUGAAAAGUAUAUAAAUUGAACUAUAUGAAGAUUACAUUCAUCAAUCAGUAUAUACCUGUGCUUUCAUACUGGGGAAAAAUAAUAACAAUCGUCAAGGUUUGUGUUUGCUUUCUUGAGAGUCUUAGAUUUAAAGCUGCAGCAUAUUCUAAAAUAUUGAAUUUUAUCCAUUCAAGUUUUCCACUAUUGUGUUUUUUUUCCACUGGAAAUAGAUGAAGAUGAAGAAGGAGAUAGAAUCACUGUUAGGGGUGAUGAAGAACUUCAGGCCAUGAUCAAUGGGGUAAAUUAUCAUGAUAAUGGUUAUAUUGACUGGAUUAUAUUUUAAAUUGAUGCAAACUCCAAUUGUGAUGGAUGGCAAAAAAAGUGAAUGUCAGAAUGCAUCCAUCUUGGCUAAAAUAAGAGUAUAGGUUUCUAUGUUUGUUUAACUUUUGGUGGUGUACAACUCAUUGAAAAUGUGAUACCAUUAUGAACAGAGGCAGAUGCAUCUACCUUCAAUACUUCAGUACUUUAGGGAAUGCAAAAUGAUGCCCUUGAGUCCUUAUUUAGAGAUGUUUGCUGAACAUUUAAAAUGUGUUGAAGUGACACUUGAUUAACAAUUUACUCAAUGUUAAAGACAUAGCUAAUUUAAAUUACCAUAAUUUUAAAUUUACUAGGAUCAAGUAAAACACUGACCGUGUACAUGUACAUAUUUCUGUAAUGUUUAUGUUGUCAAUUUUCUACAAAAAGCACAUGUGGAUGAACUGUGAAAGGCAGAGAAGAGGAGUACCACUGGAGCCAUUAAUGGUUUAUCCAAAAGGUAUUUGAUAGGAUGUUGUUAUAAUUAUAUGAACUGUACUUUUAAAUGUGCUUUCUUGUUUUAUUUUUUAUGUACACAGAAAGUAACAAUAUAUAUUAUGUGCUUCGAAUUGACUCAAGAUAGGAACUUUUAAUCAUAAACUUGUUUUUAUUUUGAAAUUGGUCUUAUAUGAUUUAAACUGAUUUCCAUCAAAACUUUUUGAGUCAGAUCUUGAAAAUGAUUUUAAAGCUAAUUGUACAUCAAAUUUUUCCUUGUACAGCUUGUAGAACUUCAAGAAGAAGGAAUUUUUGUGGAUUGACUGUAAGUACAGUUAUUACAUGUAGAUAGACAUGGCAGAUGUGAACUACAGUCAGGAUAGUUCUAAUUUACAUGUACAUUCUUCAGAGCUGUCAGCUAGAGCCACUUAUUCAUAAAUAACAUUUUCCUCUAGCUGUGAAUUAAUUCAUAGACUUUCAGAAAGUAACAUUAUUGUGAGCUGAACUAAUAAUUGAAAAUUGUGUGUCUGAACAUUUUGUCUAGGUUAACACAAAGGCAGCUCCAGUAAACAAUGCCAUACCAACUAAUGCUAAUCUCCCUACAGAAAGGUUAGUUGUUCCUAUACAUCUAGUUAUUAAGCCGAAUUUCAUUUAUGUCAACCAACUUUCUCUGAUUAGUACAAGUGAACACAAUUGUUGGUCAGUUUUUGUCUUACACCAUUUUCUUAUCUUUAAGCUCACACAAACCAGAGAGGGGGGACAUAAGGAUUAUCUUAGCAAAUGGUCAGGUAAGAGAGGUGAAUUUCCAGAAAUUGGUUCCUGCUUAAAAGAAGUAUCUACAAAAGCCUGAAGCAAAUUUAUCCAAGGAAAAUGUCACCAAAAAGAGGUGCUAAUUCAAAGAAGUAAAAAGAAUGGAUGAACUUUGAAAAAAUGGAAAAUAUACAUUUAUUGUAUCAAAAAAUUUCCUUUGAUUAAAAAUUUUUUCAAAAUACAUUUUAUUUUGUAUGAGUUAUCUAUUGUCUUGAAGGGUAAGACUAUACAAUUAAAUUAGAAGACAAAGGAAAUUGAAAAUCAAAUUGCUCUGAAAGAAUUGUUACACCAUGGAAAAUAAUGUAAAAUGAGAUACAAUACACUUAAUUGCAUAAAGUGAACCUUUUUGGCUGACAUACUGUACACCUGUAUGGUUUAAGGAGAUUUCAACAAAAGUUGAAACAUAUUUCUGAUUGAGUGCAAGAUUGGAAUGAAGUAGCCUGACAGUUGUGGAAAUUUGCUCUGUAAUCAUACAAGUGAUUAAUAAAAUUGGACAACCGUGAAGCGGGUAUCCAAUUUUUGUUAAUCACAAGUAUGAUUACAGACAGUAUUGGACGACAAGAAGUCCUGUCACCAAUUAGUCAUCACCAUAAUGAUUUCAAUUUCUGAAAAGGCAAAUACACCGAGAAAAAAUAUCUCCAGUGGAUACAAUGUCUUUAGUUAAAAAUUCCUCCAUUUUGGAAAUUCCCCAGUUUUUCUUUGGAUAAGUGAUUGUUGCUAUCAAUGAUUAUUUUGGUCAUUUCUGUGAUUGGUGGAUUAGCUAAGUGGACUUAGUAUGAUUGGCUGCUUCUGACCCUGUCUGAUAACAGGUGUCCAAUUACAGCCAACUGUCUGAUUACAACAGUACUGUACAAAAUGAUUAGUUAAAAAUGAAGCUGCAAAUUCACCUAUAAUAUGUGGGGAAUUUGCAAUGGUUAUGAUUAGUAGCAUAAUUCAAAUGCACUUGUUUUAUGUAACAAAAAUUGAUUGAACUUUUAGGAUUAAAUAAUUUCUAGCCCCCUAACUGUAUGCACUGAUGCAUCUGUAGGUAUCUCACACUGACAUACAGCAUCUAGACAUUUUGGGCCAUGGAAAUGGAGGAACAGUUUAUAGGUGGGUUAUUCACUCUUAAUUUGAUUUAAAAUUUUGAACAUCUAUUGUCAAAUGAACUGUAAGUGCUGUAACCACUUCAUGUAUAAAAAUUUUCUCUUUACUUAGCUUAUAACUGAAAAAAAUUUGCAAACAAAAACUGUGUUACUUUUGAGCACUGUGAUUGAAAACACUCAAAGAACCAUUCUGUCAAUUGCAGCUGAGCCUUUGGUUUUUUCAUUUGCUCAUGGCUAUUGUUCUGUUUAGGGCAUUACACACAAGCACAAGCAGAAUUAUUGCAGUUAAGGUGAGUGUCUGGAUGUGCUUUGAGGGUAGGUUUGUGUUAUACCCUCUUGAUUACCCACAACAGUUCCAUUUUUCAAACAUUAUUUUCUAAUAAAUUGCUUUUGUGGAAAAUUUACAUGUUAAGUGAUUUUUUUUAAAAAAUGCUUUGAACUGACAGAGUGCAAAUUCAUAAUUUGUUAAUUUAAUUUGUAACUUUGCUAUGAGUUUAAAUUGAUGUAUAAAUUUUACUUGUGUUAUACAUGUAUGUUUUUCAGUAAAGUUAUUGGAUCUGUUGAAGUUAAAAACUUUUUGCAGUAAAAGUAUAUUAAGAGCUGAAUGAUAUUACCUUCAGGUGAUUCCUUUAGAUGUAACUCCUGAUGUACAGAAACAGAUCAUUUCUGAAUUGGAAAUACUUUUUCAGGUAAAGUUGUAUUGUACAUUAUUUUAUUAUUCAACAUCUAUUUAAUUGUUCGAUACUAAUUAUUGUCCUUUUUUAACUGCUAUUUUUUUCAGUGCUCUUCACCAUUCAUUAUUGAAUUCUAUGGAGCAUUUUUUGUUGAAAAUAGGUAUGGUAUCCUUUCAGUCAAAUUAAAUGCAUCACUAUCCUCUCUUUUUACACUCUAUGGUGUUCUCCAGAGAUUGUUUAAUUGGUCAGCCUUAAAAAAAAUACUAGCCAGCAAAGGCUAAAAGAAAUUUUAGAUUGAGACAUAUAUUUCACUAGUUUGUUUACUGUAAACUCCAGCAUAUAGGUGUAUAAAAGCAAGCCACAACAAUAUUAUUACCAGGUGAAAAAAUGCUGGUAUUAAUUUUAAUGAUGCUAUUACCAACUGAAUAUUGAUUUGGUUUCAUUUGGUGUAUUUUUUCAUAGGAUAUCAAUUUGUACAGAAUAUAUGGAUGGUAAGAACUGUAUGAUAGGCAUUAAGAACUGUGCAAAUUAACCUCCUUGCUCCUUGAAGUUCAUAGAACUAGCUAAUAUUGCAGGACCAUGUUUUGUAUAUAGGGACUAGUUCAGAAAUUUGUUAAAUCCCAAGGCUUUUAAAGCCUAUUAUUGUAGGUGGGGGUACUCUCUAUUUCAAAACCACACUUCUACUAUUACACAUAAAUCAACCAUGUACAGGUAUAGCACAUGACCUUUUGUUAACCACCAGUUGAAAGCAAACAUUUUUUGUAAAAGUAAAACGCUAGUUUCCAUUUGAGGUCAACACCUUACAAAUCUAAAUAGAACCAGUUUAUUGACCAAUUUUUUUCAUUUUUUUUUUCAGGCGGUUCUCUUGACCAGUAUGGCUGGAUUCCUGAACCUGUUCUGGGAAGAAUUGCAGUUUCAGUGAGUGCUCUUAAAAUCUUUUUUUAAUUUUUUUAAUCAGACAUCAUUCUCCUAAACAGUUCAUAGCUGCAUGUACAUGUAACUUUAUGCUAUUUUUCAUGUUUUAUAGGUGGUCAAAGGACUCCUUUAUUUGUGGGAGCUAAAAAUUAUGCACAGAGGUAGGUAAUACAUGGUAUAAUACGUUAGUAAUUUAUCAAGAGUUCCAUUCUCAUACAUUUCUACAGAGCCUCUCACGAUCAGACUAAUGACUCCAUGUUUUUAUUGUAGAUGUAAAACCCUCUAAUAUUUUGGUGAGCACAAGAGGUCAAGUGAAAUUAUGUGACUUUGGUGUCAGUCGACAGGCAAGUAAAUUUGGACUCUAGGAUUUAAAAAAAGAUGUACAUAGCUAAAUGUUUUUGUAGAAUUUCAUUUCACAAAAUUGUUGCUUUCUUUACAGCUGGUCAAUUCAAUUGCUACAACUUAUGUUGGAACUCAUGCUUACAUGGCGGUGAGUUGAAGUUUUAACAACAUUAUACAGUAGAGGUUUCUUUUUUAUGAGAGGUGCAGUUAUUUUUAUUUUUUCAUCUAUUCAUUUACUUUUAUUGAGAAAUCACUGCAUCUGAUUUGCUUAGAACGAUGUUACAUUAUGUCGCACGUUACUUGAAUGUUUCGGCGAGGACCAAUAGACGACUCAUUUUAACUCCACAUUGUACUCAAAAUUCACGACACAGGAAACUCGCUCCUUCAGCAAUUUAUAGAUCCUCCGGGGAUCCCUCAGAAAAUGGAAUUUAUCUUAGAAAAUAAGUAAACAGGGGCUACAGUCAGAGGGAAGGCCUAUGUGGGUUGUGCAAUAUCUUACCUUGAUUCUCUCCCUGUAAGACUUAUAUUAUGCGCUUAUCGCUCACGUUUUGACCAGGUUUUUGAAAAACAAUGUAGAGGCUGGAGAAUAUUUUCGACGUCUUAAUAAAAAUGGUUCAGGCCAUCGAAAUUAAGCCAAAGAAUUCAGCGUCGUAGAGAGAGAGUUUCCUGCUCUUUGGUGCGCAAUUAACAGCUCGCUUGACUUUCCUUUGCGAUUCAUUACUCUCGUAUCUCUUACCUCAGCCCGAACGCAUACAAGGAGAUGAAUACAGCAUUCGAUCGGAGCUCUGGAGUCUUGGCGUGUCUCUUCUUGAGGUAAAGAAAACAUCCAAGGUUUUUUGACUGAAUUGAUCGUUUCGCAGUGAAAACACCGUCAUUGAAACAAACUGAAACUCGAUUGUUUUAAACUUUCAUUUUUAUUGCAGAUGGCUUUGGGAAGGUUUCCUUACCCAACGGUAAGAGGUUUAAUUUAUGGUGGUUGUUUAAAAAGAGUUUGGUGGUUUUUAACUGUCUUUCUACAGGAAUCUUUAAAAUGUGACUAAUUUCUUCUAAUUUUUUUAAUGCAUUUUUUGUUUAACAGGAGAGUCAUGGAGGCGCCGAAACGUUUCUGGUAACAUUGCAAUUUUAUUGGAAAUUUUUGUAACAUAUUGAUUUUGACUAAUUCGCUUUAGCGAGAAGUAUCUCGUCCCGCUGUUCGGGCAUGCGCACAGACAUCAACAGGCGUGGUCCACUUGGCCACAGCGCGGUGAUGUCCGCAUGGUUGACGAACGAAACACGCGACUUAACCGUGCAGUUCAUAACCAUAAGCCGUGGUUAAAGUUUGCUUGGUCAAAUGCACGAAACCCCCACACAGUAGCGACAAGAAGUCUCUUGUCAGUAAUAGUUUAAAGGUUUUAUUUCUCAAUUUUUUACCUCCCUUUUCGAAUAAGAUGGGUCAUUCAUAGCCAACUUCUUUCGACUUAAAGUAAUCAGGGAUCAGCCAAUGAAAAGGUCAUGCUUACAUGGAGUUUUGAAUAAUACACGCACGUCCCCCCCCCCGCCCCCCACAAACCCCUCAAACGAAACACGCGGGCGAUGUCCCUCUGAUUUAUUGAUUUAUUGGUAGGCGGUACUGUAGUCUCGACGUAUUACACGGCAGUAAUCCCUAACUCUGACUGUGAUUAUUAAGACGUAAAGUUCAGUUUCAUUUAAUUUGAUCGAAGUUACAAUAUAACGAAAGAGAGUGGUUGAAAAUGGUUGAUAAUAAUAUAUAUGAAAAAUAGCUUGAAACUACACUCUAAGGUCUUUUUACCAUCGCCACCAAUUAGUAAACAAUAGUGAAAACAACAGUGACAUCACAAGCGAUGAUAACAGCUUGAAAACCUGGGCUAAGACCAGCCUUUUGUGAUUCUUUUCACAGCCAAUAGCGUUACUUCAAUGCAUCGUUCACGAGGUGAGCAAAAUGUGUCUUGUUCUUCAUUUCAUGUUCAAUUGUAUUUCUGGAAAGGUGCUCGUAUUUCUUGCUAAGUUACCCCGAAAGGGAAGGUCAUUAUCAUAUUUGAUCUCCCAGUCAUGAAGUACUUCUCUUUUGCUUUAUAGUCCUUGCUCUACUGAAGGAUGCUUAGUUAUUUGCAUAGUUUGUUAUUUGUUUGUUUCUCUCCUCAUCUCAAGAACCCGCCACGGCUACCUGAGGAUAAAUUCUCACCAGCUUUUGUGGAUUUCGUGUCUCAAUGGUACGUUAUUGAGUUCCAAGAUCAUCGUGUUGUGCGUGAUGUUGUUUUCAAGCUUGAAAACAGCAAGGGGAAUUCACAUGUCUAGAAAGAUUUUGAAUUAAGCCAAGGCACGUGCUGAACGGUUCAGGCCUUCGGUAUGUAUUUGCAUCUAUUUCACGACCGUGAUAGGCAAUUCGCUGUCAGAUCGCCUGUCGGAUGUUACAACUGUAUUGCAGCAUCUCUUCAAUUUUGACUACGUGGCUCAAGGCUGCACUUAGGGUGGUAGUGCUAUUAGUGCUGCUCAUGCGUAGCUCGAUUCUAAGUGAUUUUAUGUGUGUGUCUGUAUGUGUUUGGGGGGGGGGGGGAAAGGGUGAGUUACUUUACAGGUGCUAAUUAACACACCCUGGACCGAAUUUCUUUACGUCCUCGCGGUUGUGUGUUUUCUCUGAAAUAUCAUUUACUACACAUAAGACUAUUUUAAUUUUCUAUUAGCAUGCAGAAAAAUCCCAUAUCGAGAUUGACUCCAGAAGCGGUUUUGGUGAGUCAAAAUUAAUUAUCUUAAGUAUGCACACAUUGAGUUUGUCUCAUAUUUUCCCUCUUGUUGUUAUCACGAUUCAUUCGCUUACCAGAUCUGUUUGUGUUUUCUGUGAACUGCAGGCUCAUCCUUUCAUUGCAUCAAAUGAUGAUGGUAAUGUGGAUAUGAUAUCUAUGUGGGUUUGUCGCCAGCUGGAACAGAGACGGUCAUGUGCACAGAGUAUGGACUCACCUAAUUCCGAAUCAUCCUGAUUACAUCCACACCACUUGACUUUAUGUAUAAAAAUAUACAUUAUUUUCUAGUUUAUUUUCUAGUUUAUUUUCUAAGGAAAUACGUUUUGAAAAAAAACUCUGAGAUAAAUCUUUGGUUACCACGAUUAGGAACUGCUUUGUCGCACCGAGACUCCAACGCAAGAAACACGUUGCUUAUGGUUCCCAGACGAAAGCGGCCAUGAUCAGUGAUCGUGUUUUUUGGUUCUGUUCAUCACUAUUUUUGGUGCAGUUCGUCACUGUUUAAAUAGUCAAUUAUGAAGAUAAAGGAAGCCGUCAAAGUGUACAAAGAAUAACUUUUAUUCGGCAGAUAAAUGAGCUCUUAAACCAGUCUGUGUGCCAACAGUGUUCAUGAAGUGGAGCUCUCAAAAACUAGUACGUUUUGAAGAACCAAUAAUGCCCGUUUACGCUGUUAAUUGUUAUUUUAACAGUGAAAUCAAUUUUACUUUAAAAUACGAUUUUCUCCAGACUAAGAGUAGUAUGAAUGAUUAGCUUUUAGACGAAAUUUGAAGUUAUCCUUACAAUUAAAGAAUGCGUAGAAC